CACGGCCGCACACUCUCAACUAUACUGUACACGGCGAAUCCCGUUGCUGCUACGCGUCACGGUCACACGUGGAAGCCAUCAACAGCCUGAGCUCUAGACCACCUGUCCCUGGUGUUGUUUGCUGUAAAUCCUCUAGAAGGCGAAGCACAAGGCAACACCAACAAUGCAGCCGAACUACAUGGCAAGCACAGAAGCUGCAAAGAACGACAUGGAGAUCAAGCAGGAUGGCAGCAAGGCAGCAGUAAUUGUCGACUUUUCUGCACAAUGGUGUGGACCAUGCCGCAAGAUUGCACCAGAGUUUGCGAACCUGUCUAAGAGCAAUCCUAAUGUCAUAUUUGUUAAGAUUGACGUGGACGAAGUACAAGAUUUGUGCACGGAUUACAAAGUACGUGCCAUGCCCACUUUCAUCCUUCUCAAUCCAGGCAGCUCAGAACCUGCAGAGACUCUUCUUGGCGCAGAUCUUUCCAAGCUUACGAGCAUGGUGGCUACCGCUGCCAAAGCCGAACCUGCGGCAUCGCAAAAAUGACAGCAAACGCUUGCGUCGUGAUGAGGCGGCGGAGGGGUCAGCCUGCUCACUUUGCAAGUUGCCAAGUCACAUAAUAAGGACUUUGAUUCUGUCAGGUUCUGGUGGAUGUCAUAUGUGGGUAGAGAUGGGAGGGGGGUAGUGUGCAUUUGGAAGGAAUUUUGCAUGCUUGUUGGGAGUCACUUGAGCUGGCACGCACAAGAUAGGACGGGCUUUGCAUGGUUGAUGAUGACUCCCCGGCACCCUGCUGUACGUGUCGCUUAGCUCAACGGGGCCACGUCAGGGCUGUGGAAAGGGGAACGCGUCAGCGCUGUGGAAGGGGAAUGCGUCAGGGCUGUGGGAAGGGGAACGCGUGUGGGACUCGGCCUUCAGUACUGUUGAGAAAGCACAGCGUAUGCGUGCGUCUUCUCGUUUGUUCGAAGUGACAUGCUGGUGUCGACAGGAUCGUGUUAGGCUCGGCAUCUGCUGUUUUAGAAACAUGGAGAAGCUGCUGCUAUUAGUCUGAGGCUCUCGGAGCUUAACUGGGGUUACAGGAGUGUGGUUGACCUUGACUACUGUUAGCGCCUGACAAUUGUAGUGACCCCCCAACCCCGGUUAGCAUCUCGCACGAGUCCUGCCAGCCAGUGUCUAACCUUAACUGGGGUGUGUAGUGGCGGUGAGAGGGCAUAUAUAGUUAAGGCCAGACUGACGGGAUCUAAUCAGAUAGCCACAGUUUAGCGACGGCAUGGGUGCUAAGUCACCCUUUUGCCAGACCCCUACGGUUGCGAAGCGAAGGUGGGGAGGCUUGGAGGAGGACUCUACAUCAGCCCAACGAGCAGUUGCCCUCGACCAUCUACCUCUUCUAUGCGUGGGAUCAGUUACUCGGCGAUCAGUUGCUCGGCGGGGAUAAAAGUUGCAUGCAUGUAUGCAUGCUCAUGAUAACCUUAUGCAAAAAAACUGGUCAAGGAAAAAAAUUGGUCAAGGAAAAAAUUUGGUCAGAUAAGGCUCGUUGACCCGGUUUGAGGUUGGUGGGUGCACGGCCACAGCGGCAAACCUUAGCUUAGUGUGUUCUUCUUGUUGCAAAUCUCUCUUUUGUGAGAAAGGGGUGGGUUGGACGGUUCCUAAUGUCAGAUGGACGUGGGAGAUAAAUGCGAGGGGAUGCACUUGGUGGUGAAUGCAGUCCAGCUACUUCAACUGUGGACCUGUGACCAUAUCCCUGUUUUUUUUUUGUUUUAAGCUGAGGCUGUUGUAGAGGCCAGAUUCCCACCCGUAGCGGGCACUUCCAUAUGACCGUAUCCCUGUCUUGAAUGGUGUUCGGUCGAUCGGUACAGCAAGUGACGGAACCCGUGCUGUAUGUGUGCCACAAAUCUUCAGCGCGACGAAACUCAAGCAUGUACUAAGCUCUGUUGACUAUGUCCAACCACUCCUCAAUGUUCUUUUGCCGUACCACAUGCUUGAUGCCCUUGGUCCGAAGCCAUCAUUUUCCCACAAACGUAAUGCACCCUGAUAAUGAAUGUAUACAACUAUC